AUGACAGAAAUUCAGAAAGUCACUGUCUCUAAUUCGGUGGAGAGAGGUAGACGGACAAGAGAUGGUGGAACAGAGCAAACUUCAUUUUUCUCCAAAAUGAUCAAAACCCCAUGUCUCACUUUAGCCCUACUCUUUGCCAUAUUCUUCUCUAUCACUUUCCUCUCCAAACCCUCUCAAGGCCAAUUAGUUCCUGAUAUCCAUGACCCACUAAUACCAAACCCAAGGCUCCUAAAGGCAUUCAAAGCUCUCCAAGCAUGGAAACAUGCUAUCACCUCCGACCCAAAAAACUUCACCUCAAACUGGUGGGGCCCCCACGUCUGCAACUACACCGGAGUGUACUGUGCGCCCGCCCCAGACGAUCCCCACAACACCACCACGGUGGCUGGGAUUGACAUAAACCACGCCAAGAUUGCAGGCUCAUUGCCGGAAGAAUUAGGCCUCUUGACUGACUUGUCUCUCUUCCACAUAAACUCCAACCGCUUCAAAGGAACAAUUCCAAAAUCCUUCUCAUGUCUCAAACUUCUAUACGAGCUUGACAUUAGCAACAACCAAUUCUCCGGCAAAUUCCCAACCGUUGUCCUCUUCCUCCCUUCCCUCAAAUACCUCGACAUCAGGUUCAACAAGUUCAAAGGCGACAUCCCGUCCCGCCUUUUCGACGUAAAACUCGACGCGGUUUUUGUCAACAACAACGGGUUCCGCUCCUCCCUACCGGAGAACAUCGGCAACUCGACGGCGUCGGUCAUCGUCUUGGCCAACAACAACCUCAACAGUUGCUUGCCUUCCAGUUUGGGAAAAAUGAAGGACACCCUCAACGAGAUCAUCAUCACAAACAGCGGACUAAAAGGCUGUUUGCCCUCGGAGCUAGGGUUUCUGGACAAGCUUACCGUGUUCGACGUGAGUUCCAAUGAGCUUGUCGGAUCUUUGCCAGAGUCCAUGGGGAAAUUGAGAAGCUUGGAACUGCUUAACGUGGCGCACAACAAGCUUUCUGGCGUUAUUCCUCCGAGUAUUUGCGCGUUGCCGAGGUUGGAGAACUUCACUUAUUCUGACAACUACUUCUGCGGCGAACCUUUGACGUGUUUGAAGUUGAAGGACAAAGAUGACCGGAAGAACUGUAUCCCUUAUCGGCCGUGGCAGCGGUCGCCGGUGGAGUGCACCGCCUUUUAUAAGUAUCCGGUCGACUGCAGCGCCUUUGGAUCUGGCUGCGCAGCCAGAAGUCCACCGCCACCGCCACCGCCUCCUCCUCCACCGCCUCCACCUCCCCCUCCACCACCGCCUCCUCCUCCCCCUCCACCGCCGCCGCCUCCUCCUCCUCUAACACCACCGCCAUUGCCACCUCCUCUUCCGCUGCCACUGGUGCAUCAUCAUUAUGAAAAUCCAUGA